AUGAAUGGGUUUGGAACUGGAAGAUCAAUGCCAUGGAACAUGUACCCAAGUUCCGAUCCGAGUCUGUCUCAACCUGUAUUCGAUAAGGAACCGCUGUUGAAAAACUUGGGGACAUCUAUGAAUGCCAUUUCUUUCGGCUUUGUUGCUACAGCCAUCUUGAUAUCCAUGUUUGCUAUCAUGGCCAUCUUCGAACACCUUUUUCAGCCAAAUCCUGCUUUUUCUUCAACCGUUCAAGACGGUGCUGUAUCGACACCGUAUGCGACUGAUUUGACGGUGGUGAUGCCGGGAGAACAAUAUCCUACCCAUAUAGCUCAGCUUGCUCCUCUCCCUUGUCCAAGGGAAGGCAUCUAUUGGCCUCCCCAUGAACAUAGUUUAGUAUAUCCUUAA